AUGGAUAUAUCUUUUGUUGUCGCGAUUACCCUCGCGAUUGGCCUCUUGACAGUGCUGUACAUCCGCAGGAAAAAUAGCAGCAAGGCUCGCGUAGACAAAGGCAAAAAACGCCCUUUAAAGCUACCUCUCAUUGGUGACCUCCAUAGUUCCUCGAUCGAAAAACCUUUGGAGAAUUGGGACUCAUGGGUCAGACAGAAUGGUCCGAUAGCAGUGCCCAAGUUGUUUGGAAUCGUGCCAAUUGUCGUUCUCAACUCGUAUGAGGCUGUGAAUGAAUUGUUUAGUCGUCGCAGCCAGUGGUAUAGCAACCGCCCGGCUUCAGUGAGUAUGGAGAUGAUUACAGGCGCCAGUCCCGGUCGGUCGCGGUUUACUCUGAUGCACGACUAUGAUGAUCACCUCAAGUUGCACCACCGCAUCCUCUCUCCUAGUCUUGGCGCUCCUGCUGCCCCUCAAUACCAGCCCAUGAUGGAGCUGGAGUCCAAGCAGUUGCUAGUUGAUCUUUUAAGAGCUGUGCAGCAGUGCUCUGACGGUACCACAAUCAGCACCGACACCGUCUACCCGCUUUUAGAGCGUGCCCAGUCAGGCGUCAUUUUGGCUUUGCAUUACAGCCUGCGCAUAGCCCACUUUGAAGAUCCAAUUCUGCAUGAGAUUAUCGAAAUGCAGACAAAAGUAACCCAUAUUGCUGCCAAUCCCGGUUUGCCCGAUUUUAUCCCGGCUCUGCGAUACUUACCCGCCUUUUUGUCUCCCUGGAAGCGUGCUGCCGACAAACUCUACGCCGAGCAGGUUGAUCUCUAUAUGCGCUUAUUCCAUCAUGGGCGGGUGUCAGCUGGCUGGAACGCUACAAAACAGGCACUUUCCACGGCGAAAAAGUACGCCCCGGCUGAUUCACCAGUAGAGGACCUCGACAUCGCUUUUACUCUCGCGACGUCUAUCCAGGGAGGGAUGGAGACCUCCCCACGCCAAAUGUUGUGGCUGUUCAUUGCAGCGCUGUACAAGCCACACUUGAUGAAUCGCGCGCAUUGUGUACUUGAUGAAGUGGUUGGACGCGAUCGUCUCCCAUGCUUCGCGGAUCGUGCAAAGCUGGGCUUUAUUGACGCCAUUAUGCACGAGAUGUUCCGUUGGCGGCCUAUCUCGCCGGGCUCCAUUCCUCGUCGCGCGGAUCGUGAUGACGAGUUCGGAGGGACCAAGUUCAAAAAAGGUGUGACGAUCAUGGCCAACGCCUGGUCUAUCGGCCGAGAUGAGAAGGUGUUUGACCCAACGCUAGGUGACCCUUCCGAAUUCAUUCCCGAGAGAUGGCUGCGACAAGAUGAGAAUGGAGAUGAGAAGCUUCGAACAGACCUUCCACUCCCAGUUUUUGGCCAGGGCAGACGUAUCUGUCAAGGCAGAAGGGUCGCGAUAGACGGUACAUUUAUGCAACUUGCUUGUUUAUUAUGGGCAUUUGAUAUUGAGCCCGCUGAUGGAGAAGAGGUUGAUCCUUGGGCAAUGGUCGUGGAGGGCUUCAUGACUAUGCCGAAGGAGCUAAGAUUCAAACUCAAACCGAGGGGUAUGUGGGUGCAGGAAGUUGUUGCCAGAGAGUGGGAAACGGCAGAAAAGAGUCUAGAUAAGGUCAUGGGAACAGGAAAUGAUGUUGAGAAAUAA